GCCAUGUAUGGAUUUGUUGCAAGCUUGUCUCACCGAUGUGAGUCCUUUGUCUAAGAAAAAGUUGAUUGCAAAUUCCCCAGGGUGGCUGCAGCCCGUCUAGCCGCCACGCGGCGGCAGCACGGUUUGCUUCUCCCCGGCCGGCUGCUCCCUGCAAAGAAGUUCCCCCGCCCUUGCCGGCGAGGGGCGGGCUGCGGCUGACGCAGGGUUUGCCGGCCGGUCUUUUGCGGCAGAAAUAGCUGGGGCGAGGUAGGAGCCGGGGCAUUCACCCGAGAGAGGCAGGAGGUGGAGGAAGACUCCCAAGGACCCGUCCCACUGGCAUUCCCCGAACGGCUCCCGCAGAGGGAAGCCCCCGGGGAAAUCCCGCCCGCGGAGCAGCGUUGCAGGGGCGUGAGAGCGGCUGGUCGGCGAGAAUCGAGCCCGCUUGUCCCGGGGAACACGUGCCGCUGCUUUCCCCUCUCGGUCGCUGCCGGGAUUCCCUCCUCGCCAGGCAGGGUCCCGGCCUUAUUUUGCAAUCCCCGCGUGAUCAGAAGAAGCCUUAAGACGAGCUGUAAAGACAUCAGGUGCCGCCGCGUCCGGGCCCGCUGGUUUAAAAAAAAAAAAAAAAAAAAAGCCCCUUUUUAUUCUCUUUCCCGUGCAUCUAUCCACCAAGGCGGACACGGACCUUGGUUAUAAAGAUGCCCAUGGAGCUGACGCAAAGCCGGAUCCAGAAGAUUUGGCUCCCCAACGAUAACCGCCCAGCGCUGCCCCGCAGAUCCUGUGGGCCGCAGCUUACCAAUUCCCCCACUGUGAUCGUUAUGGUUGGCCUUCCAGCUCGGGGGAAGACCUACAUCUCCAAGAAGCUGACUCGCUACCUCAAUUGGAUUGGCGUCCCAACAAAAGUUUUCAACGUGGGAGAGUAUCGCCGGGAGGCGGUGAAGCAUUACAGCUCCUAUGACUUCUUCCGCCCCGACAACGAGGAGGGCAUGAAUGUCCGGAAACAAUGUGCCUUAGCCGCCUUGAGAGAUGUCAAAUUGUAUCUGUCAGAGGAAGGUGGCCAGAUCGCGGUUUUUGAUGCUACCAAUACAACAAGGGAGAGAAGAGGAAUGGUCUUAAACUUUGCCAAAGAAAAUGGGUUCAAGGUGUUCUUCAUUGAAUCUGUUUGCAAUGACCCUUCUGUGGUUGCCACCAAUGUUAUGGAAGUUAAAUUGUCCAGCCCAGAUUAUAGGGAUUGCAACUCAGCUGAUGCCAUGGAAGACUUUAUGAAGAGAAUCAAUUGUUACCAGGCCAGCUACCAGCCGCUUGACCCAGAUAACUAUGACAGGGAUGUGUCUCUGAUCAAAGUGAUCGACGUUGGCCGGAGGUUCCUGUUGAACAGGGUCCAGGAUCACAUCCAGAGCAGGAUUGUCUAUUACCUAAUGAAUAUCCACGUCCAGCCGCGCACCAUUUAUCUGUGUCGACACGGCGAGAGUGAAUUCAACCUCAAAGGGAGGAUUGGAGGCGACUGUGGACUCUCCAAUAGGGGCAAGAAGUUUGCCAGCGCAUUGAACAAAUUUGUUGAGGAGCAGAACCUGAAGGACCUCAAAAUCUGGACCAGCCAACUCAAGAGGACAAUCCAAACGGCGGAAGCCCUCAAGCUGCCCUAUGAACAGUGGAAGGCGCUCAACGAAAUCGAUGCUGGUGUAUGUGAAGAGAUGACUUAUGAAGAGAUCAAGGAGCAGCACCCGGAGGAAUAUGCUUUACGCGAUCAGGACAAGUACUAUUACCGCUACCCUUCUGGAGAGUCAUACCAAGAUCUGGUGCAGCGCCUGGAGCCAGUCAUCAUGGAGCUGGAGAGGCAGGAGAAUGUCCUUGUGAUCUGUCACCAGGCUGUGAUGCGGUGCCUUCUGGCUUAUUUCCUAGACAAGAGUGCGGCUGAAAUGCCCUACCUGAAAUGCCCCCUUCACACGGUGCUGAAGCUGACACCUGUGGCCUAUGGUUGCCGAGUGGAGUCCAUCUGUCUGAACGUCGAAGCGGUGAACACCCACAGAGACCAGACGGAGGAAGCAAAGAAGGGACCUAACCCGCUCAUGAGACGUAAUAGUGUUACCCCUCUAGCGAGCCCAGAGCCCACCAAAAAACCUCGCAUCAACAGCUUUGACGAGCAUGUGGCUUCUUCUGCUGCUGCCCUGCCAGUCUGUAUGCCCCAAGAGGUGCCCACGCAGCUGCCUGGACAAAACAUGAACAGCUCCCAGAAGCAAUCGUGAUUUCUUCAGGGCCAUAGGAAGCCUACAGAUGACGCCGACUCCAUUUCAUCAUCAUUUCUGAUGUUUGCUUGUAUCGUACUCCUUCUUUCGACUCAAGGUUGACCCUUGGCUGCUUCUACCGUAGCUGUUCAUCUGCCGACUGGACUGUAUUGAGUUGGGGUAGGAGAGAGAGAGAAGAGCUCAUCAACCUGGAAAAAGUGGAUUUAACAACAAAUGCAUAGGUCAUCUCUUUUUGUGUCUCCUUGGGUGUUCGAUAUAUCUUAGCAAGCUGUAAAGUGCUUCUAGUGCACUGAGUUUCUGGACUUUGUUUUUGUGUAUAAGCGACAUGACCUUACAGGGAUGGCUGGUACUGCCCCGUCUCCUCCCGUUUGUGUGUAUAUAUAAUUGGAGGAGGCAGGGUGAGCAGAGAAAUACAAAAGGGGAGGGGUGUCUUUAACUCCUCCAUGCACCGGACACUCCUUAUUGGUACCAGCGAUGGCUUGUGACACGCAUGCAGCCAGUCUCUUCAUGGCACGUGACCGGACGGCAGAGACAGUUGGGCAACAUCUUUUGGCUGUUCAAGCAGAACUCUACGGCCGCUUUUAGCAAAACAAUUCUAUAGCUCUGUAAAUAUCAAAGGGAUCUGCCGAGUGUGUACGUCUGCUUCUGAAACAAAUGGAAUCUGCAUUUAGCCUUGACCUGAGAUGCGCUGGCUGAGGGGAGAUGGUUUGAGCCACUUGCUGACUUGCCAUGGCAGUGAGGCUUGGAUUGUGGGGAAGCCCCACUUUGCUGCUGUUUGGAUGAGGGUGGGGGGAGGGGGGAGGAGCACAGGCCUAUGUGACCGAAAAGGUGUUUCCUUGUAAUUUAAUCUCUGCACCCUCUACUUCCCAGAGGUUUUUACCCUGCACUUGAGCAGGAUUUACUGUUCUAAAGUAGGUGGCUAGGCUAGGUUAGGUUAGGUGGGAUUGGCAGACACACAACCCUCUUGGGAUUGCAUGGAGGUCUGUCUGUGAAGAGCAAGUUCGCGUGUGUGUGUGUGUGUGUGUGUGUGUGUGUGUGUGAGGAAAAAUCCACAAUCAGAGGCAUUUAAACAAUAGUUUCUUUUUAUAAACUGCUUGUUUUUGCACUUUACAAGUGGCAGGGGUGUGCAGCCCCCCCCCCCCCCCCGAAUCCUGCCUCUUACAGAUGAAGCCUAGAUACUUGGAUGCUGUACUGCGUGAGCUGAAAGAUGAAGACUGCAAAGCAGUGGGUAGUUACAGUAUUAGCGGUGGAGAAGGGAGGAGGGUGGAUGUGAGGUACUAAUUUAUGGACUAGUUGUAGGGACUGGCCAACUUCCAGUUGUUCUGUAUGUGAGUCUCUUCUUGACCAUCUGUUCUGUGCUUCAAGUUAAGGAAUUUAAACCCAAGAAUAACCACUACUGUGUCAUUUGUGCAGAAGUUUGUGUGCCAGUGUGCGCUUGUAUUAUCCUUGUACAGCAUUUUCUCCAGCCCGGCCUCACUCCAGAAACGGGGAGAGGAGGAGAAUAUUGAAGUAGUGUCUCAUUUUUCCUUGGCCUGCCAAGCCCUAAAUCUUGGCUAAUCCCUGUUCUCUCUUUUGACCCUGCCGCACACACUCUCCAGUGCGCAAGCGCUGAGCCAAAAAGCCGAGUGGAGCUCAAGCAAUACAUUGUCUUAACGGUUUAAAGUGCAGAGGAGAUACCGUACAGUCCAUUAGCAAAGUGGGCAGAGUCCUGAGCUGUCAGUAUUGUACUGGGGAGUUCUCCAUUCUCGUUUAUUUUAUUUUUUUAUAUUCAUUCUUGCUUCAGGUAACGGUUAGUAGGUGAGGUUCCUGCAAAUGGGAGCAGAAAGGCUCUGGUGGAAUGUGGUUAUUUCUUUGGAAAGGUGAACCGCAGUGCCUAGUGCUUUAGUCUUGCACAGUGAAAAUGCUUUGUACAUUUGUACCUUUUAAAGCAGCACCAGGGAAGGGCUGGUAGCGGCUCUCUCAGCCCAUAUGCGACCAUUGAAGAUAUUUUUAUUGGUGACCUGCCAAUGUGAGGUUUGUUUAUAUACAGCUAUUCUUGUAAAGAUGAAGUGGAAGAUUUUUUGUUUUUGAAUAGCUGAUAAAUGCAGAGUUCCCUUUUUGCCUGCGUGUUUUAUGUCUGCCAUUUAGUUUCAUUCGUUUUAGAGAGACUAAUUUUUAGAGAAUGAGUGACCUAUCUUUUGAACUGCUUCCCGAGGAGCUUAACUUUCUCCCCCUGCUAUGGAAAGAUAACGCAGCAAACGCAAACAUUAGGGCCCGUGAUCCAUUUUACACACACCCAAACUUCAAAACAAACUUUAUCUCCCGUUCCGAAAAUAACUUCAUAUUGGUGGGGCCUACAAAAAAUAAUGUUAAUCUGUCUGAAAAGGAGUAUGUCUACUUGAAAGGGAAAGUGGUGGAAUAUUGCUUCAAACCAAUCCCCCGAUGCAAAGAGGUGGUGGUUUGCAGGAGGAGUUAGGCGAGCAAAGGGGCUUGCUGGGAUUGGUUCUCUGUCCAUCGUGUUCCCCUGGAAACCUGACACCAAUUCUAGAGCAAAUAUUGGGCAUGGUCCAUGCCAUUAUAACACAGGGUGGGUGGGCAGAAGGGGCUACUUGAACCACACCAGUGACUUCGUUUGUUUGUUUGUUUUGUGAUACUUGAAUUUAUUUUUUUAUAAUUUUGAUAGCAAAGUGCUGUUUAUUUAUUUAAUGUAUACUGCAGAGCUUGGAGAGAAGGAUAGGUCUUUUGGGGUUUAUUUUAUUUUGACUUGUGAUAUGUUACUUGUAGUCUGUAUAUAUGUCUGGAAUAAUGGCCUGAGACGAAAGCUGUGCCAGUUUAAGAACAGGCUAUGCCUUUCAGAAAUUUGUAUAUUUUGCAGUUGCUGGACCAAUAAAAUACCUUGUUGAAAUAUA